AAAACCCAGGCGUAAGUGCAGAUUUGCUACUCCUUAACGACCUGGAGAGGACUCCAUUUCCCAGGACCUGACAGUGGUGAAGUCCUGGUUGUAAUUUAGAAAAACGUUCAAUCGGCGUUUUAAAAAGACUGCCCUUGGCCUUGUCCUGAGCGCUGAAAGUCAGUCGGAUUGACUGGGAAGCCAUGGAAGCUGCUGGGAAAGAGGAAAUCAGUGUUGAAGAUGAAGCUGUGGAUAAAAACAUUUUCAAAGAUUGCAGCAAGAUUGCUUUCUACAGGCGUCAGAAACAGCAGCUCUCCAGAAGAGCCACCUAUCAGGCAUCACUAGACUCAGCCACAAUAGGCAAAGACAGCACCAAGUUCCAAAUCAUCAGUGAAACAACCAAGGUUUCUCUUCUGGCUGAAGUUUAUGGUAUAGAGGGAAAUAUUUUCAGGCUUAAAAUCAAUGAAGAAACUCCCCUGAAACCCAGGUAUGAAGUUCCCGAUGUCCUCACAAGCAAGCCCAGCACUGUAAGGCUGAUUUCAUGUUCAGGGGAUGCAGAUAGUCUGGUAUUGACAGAUGGAAAAGGAGAUCUGAAGUGUAAUAUCACAGCAAACCCUUUCAAAAUAGAUUUGGUGUCUGAAGAAGAGGUGGUGAUGAGCAUAAACUCCCUGGGCCAGUUGUACUUCGAGCAUCUGCAGAUUCCUCUCAAGCAAAGAGCUGCCAAAGAAAAUAAGGAGGACACAUCAGUUGAUGCUUCUCAGGAAGACCAAGAGGAUCUGGGCCUGUGGGAGGAGAAAUUCGGAAAAUUUGUGGAUGUCAAAGUUAAUGGUCCUGCCUCCAUUGGUUUGGAUUUCUCCUUGCAUGGAUUUGAGCAUCUCUACGGGAUCCCGCAACAUGCAGAAUCACACCAACUUAAAAAUACGAGUGAUGGCGAUGCUUACCGUCUUUAUAACCUGGAUGUCUAUGGAUAUAAAAUACAUGACAAAAUGGGCAUUUAUGGUUCAGUGCCUUAUCUCCUGGCCCAUAAACUCGGCAGGACUCUAGGCAUUUUUUGGCUCAAUGCCUCCGAAACACUGGUGGAGAUCAAUACAGAGCCUGCAGUAAAGUACACACUGACCCAGAUGGGCCCUGUUGCAGCUAAACAAAAGUUCAGAUGUCGAACUGAUGUGCACUGGAUGUCAGAGAGUGGAAUCAUUGAUGUUUUUCUGCUGACAGGACCUACACCUUCUGAUGUCUUCAAGCAGUACUCAUACCUUACAGGCACACAAGCCAUGCCCCCUCUCUUCUCCUUGGGGUACCAUCAGUGCCGCUGGAACUAUGAGGAUGAGCAGGACAUAAAACAGGUGGAUGCAGGAUUUGAUGAACAUGACAUUCCUUAUGAUGUCAUGUGGCUUGACAUAGAGCAUACCGAGGGCAAAAGGUACUUCACUUGGGACAAGAAAAGAUUCCCAAACCCCAAAAGGAUGCAAGAGCUGCUCAGAAGCAAAAACCGUAAGCUUGUGGUCAUCAGUGACCCCCACAUCAAGAUCGAUCCUAACUACUCAGUGUAUGUUAAGGCCAAAGAACAGGGCUUCUUUGUGAGGAAUCAUGAAGGAGGAGACUUUGAAGGGGUAUGCUGGCCUGGUCUCUCCUCUUACCUGGAUUUCACCAAUCCCAAGGUCAGAGAGUGGUAUUCCGGUCUUUUCACUUUCUCUGCUUAUCAGGGAUCUACUGACAUCCUCUACAUAUGGAACGACAUGAAUGAGCCCUCUGUCUUUAGAGGGCCAGAGCUAACCAUGCAGAAGAAUGCCAUUCAUCAUGGCAAUUGGGAGCACAGGGAACUGCACAACAUCUAUGGUUUUUAUCAGCAAAUGGCUACCGCAGAAGGACUGAUACAACGAUCUAAGGGGAAGGAGAGACCCUUUGUUCUUACACGUUCUUUCUUUGCUGGAUCACAAAAGUAUGGUGCUGUGUGGACGGGUGACAACACAGCAGAAUGGAGCUACCUGAAAAUUUCUAUCCCCAUGUUACUCACCCUCAGCAUUACUGGGAUCUCUUUUUGCGGAGCUGAUGUAGGCGGCUUCAUUGGGAAUCCAGAGGCGGAGCUGCUAGUGCGAUGGUACCAGGCUGGAGCCUACCAGCCCUUCUUCCGUGGCCACGCUACCAUGAACACCAAGCGGCGGGAACCCUGGCUCUUUGGGGAGGAAUACACCCGGCUUAUCCGGGAAGCCAUCCGGCAGCGCUACACCCUCCUGCCCUAUUGGUAUUCUCUGUUCUACCGCGCACAUGUGGCUGCUCAGCCCGUCAUGAGACCUCUGUGGAUAGAGUUCCCAGAGGAACUAGACACUUUUGGUGUGGAAGAUGAAUAUAUGCUGGGAAGUGCUUUAUUGGUUCAUCCAGUCACAGAACCAAAAGCCAGCACAGUUGAUGUGUUUCUGCCAGGAUCAAAUGAGGUCUGGUAUGACUGUAAAACAUUUGCUCAUUGGGAAGGGGCACGUACUGUGAAGAUCCUGGUAGCCUUAGACACCAUACCGGUAUUUCAGCGAGGUGGGAGUAUAGUACCAAUAAAGACGACUGUAGGAAAAUCCACAGGCUACAUGACUGAUUCCCCAUAUGGACUCCGGGUGGCUCUAAGCACUAAGGAUUCUGCCAUGGGUGAAUUCUAUCUCGACGAUGGCCAUUCAUUCCGAUACCUCCACCAGAAGCAGUUCUUGCACAGGAAGUUUUCAUUCUUGUCAGAUGUUUUGAUCAACAGUUGUGCCGACGAAAGAGGUCAUUAUCCCAGCAAGUGUGUGGUGGAGCAGAUCUUUGUCCUAGGCCUCAAGAAGCAGCCAUCUUCUGUGACCACCUGUUCAUCUGAUGGUAAAGAUGAGCCUGUGGCUUUUACAUAUUGUGCCCAAAUGUCCACCCUGCGACUGGAAAAGCUGUCCCUGAACAUCAGCGCUGACUGGGAGGUCCACAUCCGAUGAUGGUGCCGUGCACCCGGGGCGAGUGCAGGAAGCGGCCUGCACCUUUCA